UCCACAUCAACCUCUCAGAACUCAGCGACCAAGACAAGUACAGUGGAGUGAUGCACAGACUGAAUCUCAUUCUUCUUUGUUAUCACCUCAUUUUUUUAAAAGAAACAAAUAACAUUUGUUUUCUCUCAUUCAUGAAUUCAAGUACUAUGUUUGCUACUUGUUUAUUCAUUCCUCUUUUCUUUUGACUUCUCCAGUUCUUUCUAAAUUAAAAGAUAAGGAGAGAAAUCUCAACAAUGAAGCUGAUAAAGCACCCAUACGUCGUUCAGUUGUACGAGGUGAUGGGAAGCAAGACAAAGAUUUUUAUCGUUUUGGAGUUCGUCACUGGAGGGGAGCUCUUUGAAAAAGUGCUCAAUGAUGGCCGCAUGAAGGAAGAAGAAGCAAGGAAGUACUUCCAGCAACUUAUUAGCGCUAUCGAUUACUGCCACAGUAGGGGUGUUUACCACAGAGACUUAAAGCCAGAAAAUUUACUUCUUGAUGUGUGUGGAAACCUCAAGAUCUCAGAUUUUGGAUUAAGUGCGCUUUCCCAGCAAGUUAAGGAAGAUGGUUUGCUGCACACUUCAUGUGGAACUCCAAACUAUGUAGCUCCAGAGGUCCUUAAGGAUAGAGGUUAUGAUGGGGCAGCCGCAGAUUUAUGGUCAUGCGGGGUCAUCUUAUUUGUACUUCUUGCAGGUUACUUGCCUUUUGAUGAUUCUAACCUUAUGGUCCUGUAUAAAAAAAUAUCGGCUGCAGAGUAUAUUUAUCCUCCUUGGAUCUCUUUUGGGGCUUUGAGAUUAAUAACUCGAAUCUUGGAUCCCAAUCCCACAACCCGCAUUACUGUUCCUGAAAUUUUAAACGAUGAAUGGUUCAGGAAAGGGUUUAAGCGUCCUGUGUUUCAGGAGAUAGAUGAUAUAAACUUGGGUGAUGUAGAAGCUGUUUUCAAGGGCCCUGAGGGAACCCCAAUAAACCAAAUAAGAGCAAAGAAGGAAGAGCAGCCAGUCGCUAUGAAUGCAUUUGAACUGAUUUCCUUAUCAAGGGGUCUCAAUCUCGGAAAUUUGUUCGAAGUAGAACAGUCGGAAAUAAAAAGGGAAACAAGAUUCACUUCUAAAUGUCCAGCUAAUGAGAUCAUAUGUAAGAUCGAAGAAGCAGCAAAACCACUUGGUUUUGAUGUUCACAAGAACAACUACAAGAUGGAUCUAGAAAACGUGAACGCGGGAAGAAAGGGAAAACUCAAAGUUUCCACAGAGGUAUUUCAAAUGGCACCAUCUCUUCAUAUGGUUGAGGUACGAAAAAAGAAAGGUGAUACUCUCGAGUUUCUAAAGUUCUAUAAAAAAAUUGCAACUCAGCUGAAAGAUGUUGUAUGGAAAUCUGAAGAAGACAUGCAGAAUGGAGGUAAAGGAUGAUAAGGUAGAACCACCGACUCAUGUGAUGACCCGUCUAAUGAUAAUUAGCAAUUUUGACUUCUCUUCUGGUCUAAAUAUAGUUGUCUUCUUUUUAGGUUGGCUGUAAGAGAUUGUACUGAUCACAGUUGUAGCUUGUUCUAGUUCUGUUUCUUUUUUGAAAAUGAGAAUAUAUUGACAAAAAAAAAAGAAGGAAAAGAAACAUACAAAAGGAAAACACUAGAUAAGAAGACAAGAACUUCGAGGAGACCAAAAUAUGGACAGUAAAAAUAACCUUUUAGCUAGGAUUUCAGUUAAACGAUGAUUCCCACCCAAGAUUUGAAUGGUGUGCUUGUCUCUGGAUGUAGGGUUGUUCUGACUCAUGAAAAUAUUGAAGCCUUGUUGCAAACCUUUUUCAUUUGUUUUUUCAAACGCCUGAAAAAUUGUUUAAUUAACAAUGACGCUGGCAGUGGUUCAGGUAGUUUUAUUUUUCAUAGAUUAGGUGUUGUUAUUCAGAAAGGGGUUGGUGCUCAGCUUGUUGCUCGGCUGCCAACCAAAAACUCUGUAAUUUGAUCGCUCAAAUAAAAUUUGUGAA